GAGGAAACAAACCAUGAAGGGAGAGAAUUUCACCUAAAAAUCUCCUUCUUGGAAAAUCAUCCCACGAUCAAUAUAGUAGCUCCAGUUUUUUCAUCUGCUUUAUCAGUUUCAUUCAAAAGUAUCAAACUUUUAGAUGUCUACAGCAGAUUUUGGUGAAGUUUCUCGGCCUCCAGGUGAAAAUUAUGCUAAUCCAAAGACGUGUUUCUUUCAUGUUCUAUUCAAGGCUGCAGCUUUGGUAUUUUACAUACUUUCUGCACUCUUUUUUGAUAACUUUGUCAUAAUUUUCGUGGUGACUGUUCUUCUGGCUGCCCUUGAUUUUUGGGUGGUUAAGAAUGUAAGUGGCCGUAUAUUAGUUGGUUUGAGGUGGUGGAAUGAAAUUAACGAUCUUGGUGAGAGUGUAUGGAGAUUUGAAUGCCUUGACCAAGAGUCCUUGGCCCGGAUGAAUAAGAAAGAUUCCUGGCUGUUCUGGUGGACCCUUUACCUUACAGCAGUCGUUUGGAUUGUGCUUGGAAUAUUCUCUCUGAUAAGGUUCCAAGCUGAUUAUCUCCUUGUAAUUGGAGUUUGUUUGACUCUCAGCAUUGCAAAUAUUGUUGGUUUCACCAAAUGUCGCAAAGAUGCAAAGAAGCAGAUUCAAGCAUUUGCUACCCAGACCAUUGCCUCUCGAUUUACAUCUACCAUACAGUCAGCAAUCAGUGUCGUCUGAGAUGCCCAACGAGAGAAAGAUGGAAUGGGAUGGAAGAAUGUCCUUGUAGUAAAGAUGUUGUGAAAUGGAGGCAUGCAGAAAUUGGCUAGUAUGGCCUUGUGGGGAUUUUUUUUUUUCCUGAGUUAGGAAUACGAAUUAGAUGUUUUGUAUUAAUAUUUGAUACCCUUAAUAAUCUGUAUAUUGAACUAUGAGAAACGCUUUAUGAGAAACGUUUGGUACACAGAAACAUCCAUAAUUUUUUAACGUUUCAGGUGGUCUGUAAGAAUUUGCAUGAAAUAUGUUUCUUUUUGGCAAAAAAAAAAAAAGAAGAAGAAGAAGAAGAAGAAAGAAAUGUAGAGAUUGCAGUUAUUGAAGCAAGCAUGUUUUCUCUGAGCUUUCUCCCUAGAAGCCCAAAUGAGGAAGAAAGUAGAUACCUAGCUAAUAGGAACACAACCUCCCACCCCACAUUUAUUUUUUCUGGUGGCUACAAGGGAGCAAUAAACAAAAUAAAGGGGAGGCCUCACAUGAUGCAUACACCAUCAGCCCCUUCAGGAAGACAAUUCAGGAUCUUAGCUCCUCUAUAGGCAAAGGUAGGCUCCAUUGCCAUUUUGUGGCCAAAAUUCCUGUUUCACAUCUACAAGCUUGCCGGACUCAAAGGAGAGAAGCCAGUCACUCAAUAACUUAUUAUCCCUACUGGGUUGAAGAGGAGAUGGUUCCUACUUGCUCCUUUCUGUACAACCUCCCAUAAUGUGAGUUGCCAAGUUGGCUUUGACAAACUGAAACGGAAGCUUCUUCUGUAAGUAAAUGAGUUGAUUUGCA